CUAGACAUGCAUAAGAGCUCCCCGAGGGUCUGAUUGAGAGCUCUCCGCUCCUCUGGACCUGCCUACCUAAGCCUCACGCAGCGACUGACCUCAUCCACUUGCGCCUUAGACACCUCCCUCAUCGACCUCGCACAUUUGUUCAGUCAGCCUCGAAAGCGGCCCUUUCUUUGUCGCAUCGUCGCCUUUCGCUUCCAAACAGCUGUGCACUACUUCUGGACCAGAGCGGCCAUCUGCCACAAUCAGUCACAACCCGACCUCGACCCAAGAUGGCAGCACAAAACUCCGCGGGCAUACAGACCCUGCUCGAUGCUGAGCGGGAAGCCUCCAAGAUUGUCCAGUCAGCUCGCGAGUACCGGACAAAGCGGGUACGAGAGGCUCGCGACGAGGCCAAGAAGGAGAUUGAUGCCUACCGACAGGCCAAAGAGGACGAGUUCAAGAAGUUCGAAUCAGAGCAUACUGCAGGGAACAAGCAAGCCGAGGACGAGGCCAACAAGGAGGCAGAUGGGAAGAUCAAGGAGAUAAAGGCAGCUGGCCAGAAGAACCAGGCACAGGUCGUAGCAGCCCUCCUCAAGGCUGUCGCCGAGCCGAAGCCUGUGGCGCCGAGCAAGGCGUAGUCUUUCACUGGUAUAUCAACCUCCUCAGCAAAAUCGCGGGGGGUUGGUCGAUGUCGCAUUCGCGAAGGCGAUUGAUAGAGUAAGGCAGAAGAAGAUCGCACAACACAACUUUCACUUAUGAGGCGAAUGAAGGAAAGUCGACUGCCCGGCGGACGUGUUGCCCUGUGCCAUCAUUAGCAAGCAGUCAAAAUCGUCAUCCAGAACUCUAGAUCUCAUUGGGCCAUGCCUUAGACUCGUUGCAAUCAUCUCUUAUCGCCGCCAUCAUUGACCACCAUACCAUGUAUGGUCUGUCCUGAGACAAUGCUCUUGGUAUGAUGUGCGGUCGCUGCCCGAGAGUUCAGGAAAGUGGCACCAUGUUGACCUCCACACAAUGAUAUAUUUCAACAUGCGAUCAAGACUGCAGGAAAUAAACUAGAACUUUGCAACAUGGA